AUGGCAACAAUGAGGCUAGGUUCCAAGCCGGAAGAGUUUCAAUUGGAAGGUCAAACUUGGAUAUGUAAGAAUGAAUUGCUCAGUGAUAUCUCAAUCAAGGUCGGAGAGGUGUUCUUUCAGCUCCACAAGUUUCCAUUGAUUAACAGAAGUGGGUUGCUGCACAAAAUGAUCAGCGAAUGGCACAACGAUGAUGAUGCAAAAGAUUGCAUACUCGAGCUUCAUGACAUCCCUAGCGGCGCCAAGACUUUUGAGCUUGUCGCAAAGUUUUGCUAUGAUGUGAGGAUAGAGUUGAAUUCUUUGAAUGUGGUUGCUCUUCGAUGUGCUUCCGAAUACCUCGAGAUGACUGAACAUUAUGGAGGAGGAAAUCUGAUGAUGCAAACUGAAAACUUCCUCGAAGAGGUUCUCGGGUAUUGGAGCGACUCAAUGAAAGCACUCUUAACAUGUAAGGAUGCUCUUCCUCAUGCAGAAGAGCUCAACAUUGUGAGUAGAUGUAUCAAUUCAUUGGCUGGAAAGGCAUGUGCUGAUCCGACGCUAUUUAGUUGGCCAACCGAUGGACAAGGUAACAUGAAGAACGUGGGGGGUAGUGUACUUUGGAAUGGAAUUGGAACAACAGGAAGGGAAAGGUCCCCAGGUGCUGAUUGGUGGUAUAAAGAUGUUACUUUCCUCGACUUUCCUAUCUAUAAGAGGCUGAUUCUUGCUAUGAAGUCGAAAGACAUGAAGGCAGAGGACAUUGCGGGAUCUUUGGUGCAAUAUGCAAACAGAUGGCUUCCGGGAUUGACUAGGCACUCAGGCUCACAAGAAAGUUGCAAUACCUUCAAUUCUUCCAGCUCUUUGAUUCAAUUGGAAAGUGACCAAAGGGUUCUACUCGAACAGAUAGUCGAGCUCCUGCCCCUGGAAAAGGGUGUCACUUCUUCCAAGUUUUUGCUUGGCUUUCUCCGAAGCGCUAUAAUACUACAAGCAAGUCCCCUUUGCAGGGAGAAUUUGGAAAAGAGGGUGGGGGCUCAAUUAGAGGAUGCUACACUAGAAGAUCUCCUAAUACCCAAUCUCGGUUACUCAAUUGAAACUCUUUACGACGUCGACUGCAUGCAAAGAAUCCUUGACUAUUUCAUUUCUGUUAACCACCCGGAACGAUCCUUGACGACUUCACCUUGCGUGGAGGAUGAGGGACAGUUGAUUGCCUCCUCUACGGCACUGACAUCUAUGACCAUGGUAGCAAAGCUGGUGGAUGGCUACCUUGCAGAAGUAGCUUCGGAUGUUAAUUUAAAGAUUCAAAAGUUUCAAUCCUUGGGGGCUUUAAUUCCUGACUAUGCCAGGCCAUCAGAUGAUGGAAUCUACCGUGCUAUCGAUGUUUUCUUAAAGUCACAUCCGUGGCUAACAGAUUCGGAGCGGGAACAACUUUGUCGACUAAUGAACUGCCAGAAGCUCUCUUUGGAGGCAUGCACACAUGCGGCACAGAACGAGAGACUGCCUCUUCGGGUCAUUGUGCAAGUGCUCUUCUUCGAGCAACUUCGCUUGAGGACGACUAUAGCAAGUUGGUUUUUCGCCAAUGAUAACACGGACAUUAACCCUGAUAUUAAUGCUCCUCGUAUGCUACCUAAGAUCAAUAGCCGGCACAACCAAGAAGACCAAGAUUUCCAGAACUUGAGCUACGAAGAGAUGCGAUCCAGAGUAUUUGAACUAGAGAGGGAGUGCUCAAGCAUAAGAGAAGAAGUCAAAAAGAUGGAAAAGCCGAAAAGUAAUUGGAACAUCUUAAUAGGGAAAUUUGGACAUGGGAUGAGAUUGAAGCGGUCUGGUAGUACAAAAAAAUAA